AUGCACAAUUCCUGGAGCUGCUUGAUGGCGGCAUUGCUCUGCGUCUGCAUCGCAUGGCAGGCUGGAUGCACGCAGGCACGGCAGCCUGAUGGCAUGGUGGGCAUGUCCAAUAGCAUUGCAGCACCUGGACAGCCAUUGUAUUAUCUUAUGGCCGAUGCCGGUUCGACGGUGGGUCCCAAUGAUGAGCUCAAGCGCACGAAUCGUUCGCUUAUGAAGUGGUGGGAGGAUUUGUUUGGGCCGAGCAAUUGCUGCAACAACAACAAUUUGCUUAACAACAACAACAAUUUUCCUAACAACAACAACUACAACAACAAUUGGCUGUACAACAAUAACUUGGCGCCAGCCAUUCCAGCCAUCAACAACAAUAACUGCAAUGGAUUGCAACUGCAGUCUUUGGAUCCCUUCAAGCAAAUGAAGCUGUUCAAGAAGCUGCCCGAUCUGUGGGGCAAUAACUUUGCGGGUCCUUGUGCUGGCCAGUGCGGUGGUGGUGUUCAGCUGCUGCCGCAACCGGUCAACAACUAUGCGGCACCACCAAGUCCCGGUCCAGGCUAUGGCGGUGAAGGCUACGCACCACCGCAGCCUCAACCAGCCGUGCCAACGGCUCCGGUCGACUACAAUCCGGCGCCGGCGCCGCCUAGCAGCGGCUAUGAGACACCAAAUCCCAGCUACGACGGUCCCGGCGAUGGAGAUGCCGGCUAUGUAGAACCUACAGCACCGCCAUCCGUAGACUAUGAGGCGCCAGCGCCUGCACCGCCUGCCGCCAGCUAUGAAACACCAGACACGCCCGAACCCACCUAUGAUACUGUUCCGUCACCCGCGCCCGAGAGCUACAGCAAAGUGGAGGAAUAUGCGCAGCCGGCCAAGAGCUAUACACAGCCACCGCAAAUUGUCUAUCAGCCCAUCAUUUAUCUCUAUCCCACGGCUCAAGCACCAGCCCCGGCACAAGUCUAUGCGGCACCACCAGCCCCGGCACCAGUCUAUGCAGCACCACCGGCACCCCAGCCGGCGCCGGUCUAUGCAGCACCGCCGGCCGCACCACCAGCGCCAACCUAUGCCUCAUCCUCUUGCCGGACACCCAUUAGAUUGUCGUUAAUUGAUCAACCCUAUCGCGUGGCCCCCGAACUCUUCCAGGAGUAUAACUAUCGCUUGGCCCUGGCCGAACAGAAUAGAUUAUAG